UCUCAUUAGUAACCAAUUUUUUUUUUAUUGUUGUUACAUCUAUUCAUUUUCAAGCCAAAAAGAAAAAAGAAACAAUGUUGGCGAUAUUUCACAAGGCAUUUGCUCAUCCCCCUGAAGAACUAAAUAGCCCUUCAUCUAAAAAAUCUUUACUUCCUCAACAAACUCUUCAAAAAUUCCUAUCUGCUCAGCCCUCUCAUACCUCUUCUGUUACCUUUGGUAAUACUGCUGCUCUUGCCUUUGUUCGUCCUAACUCCACUUCCUUCCUCAAUCACACACACAGGUAUUUUUGUGGGUAUGAUGAUAUUUACUGUUUGUUCAUGGGGAGUUUGAACAACUUAUGUGCACAAAUCAAACAAUAUGGACUAUCAUCAAAAAGUACAAAUGAAGCCAUGUUAGUUAUAGAAGUUUACAGGACAUUGAGAGACAGGGGACCUUAUCCAGCUGACCAAGUUAUUAAGGAUUUUGAAGGAAGCUAUGCUUUUGUUAUCUAUGACAGUAAGACUGGAACUGUAUUUGUUGCCUUGGGUUCAGAUGGUGGGGUGAAGUUAUUCUGGGGUAUUGCUGCUGAUGGAUCUGUGGUGAUUUCUGAUGAUUUAGAGGUGAUUAAAGCUGGCUGUGCAAAGUCAUUUGCACCCUUUCCCACAGGUUGUAUGUUCCACAGUGAGAAAGGACUAAUGAAUUUCGAGCACCCAAUGAACAAGAUGAGGGCCAUGCCAAGAGUAGAUAGUGAAGGGGUAAUGUGUGGAGCUAACUUCAAAGUGGAUAUGUAUUCCAGAGUUAACAGCAUCCCCAGAGUUGGCAGUGAAGCCAACUGGUCUGAUUGGAAUACUUCUCACUAAGUCGAUUUUCGAAUUUCCUCAAGUGUUUCUUCUGUUUUGUUUCCAUUUUUAGAGUUUGUAUUAGGUUUGGUUUCUUCCUUGUAGGUGCUAUGCAUUUGUGUAUAACUCUUGAAAAAUAAAUUAAGCAUCAGAAAUGAUUCAGCUUUGAAAA